GUUGUCAUCUUUUACAAACAUUUUCGUUACGUUGAGAAGUAAUGAUAAUUAUUUCCACAGUAUGGCACCUGCUGAAUAAGCAUUUUCUCGAUAACCGAUUAAUCGAGUAAAUCAUCUGUAAGUUGCAGCCCCGUUUGGCCAGCACAAUUCCGCUUUUAUUUUGAAUGUCUUAACCGGAAGCCUCGUUCCAUCCAGCUUGACUGCGGUCCCUCCUCAGCAUCAGCGCAUCCUCCGCUGGCUUCUCCCUCAAAACGGGACCUAGAACUGAGCCCAUAAAGGACGAGAGCCCGGAUCAUGGACGACGUCCCCGCCAUCAUCAACAUCUCCAUCUCCCUGCGGAUCCAGCCCAAUGAGGGACCCGUGUUCUUCAAGGUGGACGGAACCCGGUUCGGCCAGAGCAGGACCAUCAAACUGCUCACUGGCUCCAAAUACAAGAUCGAGGUGGUGGUGAAGCCUGGAAACGUCGAGGCCACCAACAUGAACAUAGGAGGCAUCAUCUUCCCUCUGGAGCAGCAGUCCAAGGACGAGGAGUCGGUGGUUUAUCACGGACAGUACGACACCGAAGGCGUCCCGCACACCAAGAGUGGAGACCGACAACCUGUCCAAGUCAGCAUAGAGUUCAACAAGGCAGGAACAUUUGAGACGGUCUGGCAGGCGAAAUACUACAAUUACUACAAGAGAGAGCACUGCCAGUUCGGCAACAAAUUCAGCAGCAUCGAGUACGAAUGCAAGCCCAACGAGACGCGGACCCUCAUGUGGAUCAACAAGGAGGCGUUCAACUGAGU